AUGGCUGGAAAGCUGACAACAGCGCAAGGAACGGGAAUACUGCUGGUGACAGCCAACGUUGGAUCCUUGUUCGAGGAUCCUGAAAAUCUCCAGAAAACGUGGCUGAGGGAGUUUUACCAGACAGUUCAGUUACACAAGCCUCAUUUCUUAGCUGUGCACUGUCAAGAAGUAGGUGGGAAGAAUUAUGAGGCUUCCAUGUCACACGUGGAUAGCUUUGUCAAAGAGCUAUUGUCCAGUGAUGCCAUGAAGGAGUACAGCAGAGCUCGCGUCUACCUCGAUGAAAACUACAAGUCCCCGGAACAUUUUACAGCUCUUGGAAGUUUCUACUUCAUUCACGAGUCUUUGAAAAACAUCCAGCAGUUUGAUUUCAAAGCCAAGAAAUUCAGGAAGGCGGUUGGGAAGGAAACCUGCUCCGAAACACUAGAAAGUACACCCUCGCUGGAGAAGGAGAAGUUCCCACAAGACUACUUUCCUGAGUGCAAGUGGUCCAGAAAGGGUUUCAUCAGAACGCGAUGGGCCUUACCUGACUGUUGUUUUGACCUGGUAAACAUCCACCUUUUCCAUGAUGCUUCCAAUCUGGUGGCCUGGGAGAAGAGCCCUUCAGUCUACUCUAGAACCAGGCAGAAGGCGCUGGGCUACGUUUUGGACAGGAUCACGGACCAGCGGUUUGAAAAUGUGCCAUAUUUCGUCUUCGGGGAUUUUAACUUCAGGUUGGACUCAAAACAGGUUAUUGAGAGGCUGUGUUCAUCCGCUACGAUGCAGACAGAAAGAACUACGGACACCAAUGAAAUCAAGAAGCUAAUAUUUAGAGAAAGUGAUAAUGACAGAAAGGUCAUCCUUCAGCUUGAAAAGAAGCUUUUUAGUUAUGUCAACCAAGACGUUUUCCGGGAAAACAACGGGACCUCGCUUUUAGAGUACGACAAAGAACUGUCAGUGUUCAAGGACCAACUGCAUGAAUUGGAAAUAUCUUUCCCACCCAGUUACCCAUACAGUGAAGACAGCAAUCAGGGGAAGCAGUACAUGAACACCAGAUGCCCUGCCUGGUGUGACCGAAUCCUCAUGUCCUCAUCAGCCAGAGACCUGGUCUUAAAGCCAGAAAAUGAGGAAAAGUCAAUAACCUAUGAUAACAUCGGGGCCAAUGUCUGCAUGGGAGACCACAAGCCUGUCUUCCUGUCCUUCCGAAUAACAGCGGGGGCAGGAAAUUGUUGCCAAAGGGGGGAGAAUAUACUCUGUGAAGCGCCUAUGUGA